CCACCUCCACCUCCAUCUCCUGCUCCGCCGCCCCCUCUUCUUCCACCCGUACUCCGCUAUCUGUACAGAAAACCCACAAAACUCGGGAAAAUGAUGGCCUCAUCGGAUACGGAGUCUUCGGGCCCCAUGGAGCCCCUGGCAAACUACCUCGCCAAGGGCCAGAGGACGUACCAGCAAUGGCUCGACCGCGUCACGCCGUUCGUGCUCUACCGCUGGCUGGGAACUGCAGGGCUCCUGUCACUGUUCAUGCUGAGGAUCGUCUUUGCGGAAGGGUGGUAUAUUGACGCCCAGGCAAUCUACCUCCUCAACCUGCUCCUCGCCUUCCUCCAGCCCAAAUUUGACCCCUCGCUGCAAGACGACCUCCUCGCGGACGAGAUCGAAGAGGGCGGAGAGGAGUCCCAGUCACCUCUGCCGUCCUCGCGCGACGACGAGUUCAGGCCAUUUGUGCGGCGGUUGCCAGAGUGGCAGUUUUGGCUGUCUGCGACGCGCGCGACGCUCGUCGCGAUCGUAUGCACGUUCUUCGAGAUGUUCGACGUGCCCGUCUACUGGCCGAUCCUCGUCGUCUACUGGUUCGUGCUCUUCGCGCUCACCAUGCGCCGCCAAAUACAACACAUGAUCAAGUACAAGUACAUCCCAUUCGACUUUGGGCGCAAGGCGCGCUACAGCGCCAGUGCGCGUCGAUGAGUGGGUGUGGGCGUUUGUACUCCGUCGAUACGCGCUUGCCAUGACCUAGACGAUCUGCUACGUAUACCAUACCGAUGCUCUAUUCACCCCGG